AUGAGUACCCAGACAACUCGAGCUCCAGAGGCGGCAGUGGUUCAAGUUCUGCCACACAAGAACUAUGAUAUAUACCUGGAGACUAAGGGCUGUUUUAUGUACGACAAUGAUGAUGGUAUUGAUCGAGACAGCAAGUCUGCCUGUCGUAAAAUACUGGGCGCGAAUCCCGAGGUUCCCAAGCGAACUGUGUUUGAACAAUGUGCCUUUGAAUCUACGUGUCGAAGGCUACAAAAGAAAAACGAAACUGGGGUUAUUCGCAUCAUAGGUGAAUUAAUCGUUGCGUCAGCAGAGAGUGCAAUCGACCUCAGCCAUGUCACAUUUCCGCAUUUGGUUGUUAGUGUGAAUGAAGGCUGGGAUAGCUCGAUUUCUCUAGAUGAGGAUCAACGAUUGCCACCACCUGCACAAACUCCACAUCUUCCACAAUCUCGACAAUUUCGAUUAUCUCGGCCACAGCCCGAUUAUGCGGUCGGGUUUCCCCGACAAUGCUUCUCUGAAGCUCGACUGGAAAAGCUUGCACCGUUUGUCGGCGAAGUUGGCGAUAUGUCUUUCUUUAUGAGUACUGCAUACAUGUACUUUCCGUUUAUGACGGUUGAAGUGAAGUGCGGAAAGGCGGCACUCGAUAUAGCAGAUCGACAAAAUGCGCACAGUAUGGCUCUCUCAAUCAGAGGAGUUGUCAAGCUCUUCAGGGCCGUGAAGCGUGAAAAGGAGCUACAUCGACAGAUCCUGGCCUUUUCAAUUUCACAUGAUCACUGUUCUGUGGGAAUCUAUGGCCACUACCCUAUGAUCGAGGGAGAGAAGACUACAUACUACCGACAUGCCAUUCACAAGUUCGACUUCACCUCACUUGAUGGCAAAGAGAAAUGGACAUCCUACAAAUUCUCUAUGAGUGUGUACAAUGACUGGGCACCUUCCCAUUUUAAGAAAAUAUGCUCCGCUAUUGAUGAACUGCCCCAGGUAAAUUUUGAGGUGUCGCAGGCGUCACAGAUAUCACAGCAACCUGAAGUAUUACAUCAAUCGGAGCUGAGUUUCUCAGAAUCAACUGGACUUUCGCAAGGUGUCGGAGGCGUUGAUAUUCAAGGCUCUAGUUUUACAUCUGUAUUGGAAGAGGCUGAUGGUUUGCAGAACGUUGCCAUGGGUGCUCCGGUGACCCAGCAGAGCGAAGAGGGCUCUGCUGAAGCAUUCAAUAUGUCCAAGAAGAGACGUACCUUUAGAUAG